AUGGUGUUAGAUAUUAACUAUUUCAGAGAUGAAAAACUGCUCAAAGAAUUGAGAGAAUCUGAAGCACGGCGCUGUGAAACCAACAGCGUGGUGGACAAGGUAAUUGAGGCCGAUAACGACUGGAAAAAGGCAAUGUACAGCUACGAACAGCUGAAAAGGAACCUGAACGAAAUGUCCAAAAAGAUAUCGGAGUACGCGAAGCUGAAUAGGGGAAAGGGAGACCUGAACAACGACACGGAGUUCCUGAACCUGAAAACCCAGGCCGAAAUCAAAAAGGAAGGGAUCGCAGAGUGCCUAAAAAACAUAGAGGAAUGCAACAACAAGAGAAACAACCUGUUGAAAAUGGUUGGCAACGUAGUGGCCACGGAUCUGGUGGCGUCCAAGGACGAGAGUCUGAACGACGUGAUCAGGUCCUGGGUGCCGAGCUUUUUCGCCUGGGAAGGGAGCAAAUUCACGUGCAACGCUCUCAACAACACAGCCAACGCCGAUUUAAAAAACACAGCGGCGGAUCUGAGUGGCCUAAACAUAUCCACAGCCAGCAGUGCCACCGCUGACAAGGGGGUAUACCACGAAAGGAGCCACACGGUCGGGAUCAAGCGGCCUCCGUGGAAGAUACUGCAGCAUCACGAGAUACUGACGCGUUUGAACGGCCUCGAGGUGACCAAGGGGGUGGAAAUAGCCGGACACCGAGGCUUCUUUCUGAAGGGGGCGGGGUGUCUGUUGAACCUGGCGCUGAUUCAGUACGGGUUCAACUUCCUCGUGCGGAGGGGGUUCCUCCCGGUGCACACUCCGUACCUGAUGAGGAAGGAGAUCAUGUCCGAGUGCGCGGAGCUUGACGACUUCGAAGAGACGCUCUACUGCAUCCCGCCGCUCAACGGCCCUUCUGAGGGAGAGAACGGAGGGACUAGUAGUAACACUAACAUUAUUAGCAGUAAUAGUAGUGGUAACAAUGACAGUAAUUCUACUGUAGGCAAGGACAAGGACUUCGACAAAAACAAGUUGUUCCUAAUUGCGACCUCGGAGCAGCCGUUGGCAGCACUGCACAGGAACGAGACGUACCAGCGGCGGCAGCUGCCGAUAAAGUACGCAGGACUGUCGACGUGUUUCAGAAGAGAGGCCGGGGCGCACGGGCGCGACCUCAAGGGAAUAUUCAGAGUGCACCAGUUCCAGAAGGUGGAGCAGUUCGUGGUGUGCUCGCCAGAGUCGAGCAAGGAGAUGCACGAGCACAUGCUCGCACUCUCCGAGGAGUUCUACAGGUCGCUGAAGCUGCCCUUCAGAGUGGUCUCGAUAGUCGCGGGGGCGCUGAACAAGGCGGCCUCGAAGAAGUACGACCUCGAGGCCUGGUUCCCAGGCUACAACGACUACAGGGAGCUCGUCUCCUGCAGCAACUGCACCGACUACCAGGCCAGGAACCUGAACAGCAGAUACUACGACAGGAACAACCAGGACAAGACGUACCUGCACAUGCUCAACGGGACCCUGGUCGCGAGCCAGCGGUGCCUCUGCUGCGUCCUGGAGAACUACCAGACGCCCGACGGAGUGAUCGUCCCCGAGCCGCUGGUACCUUACAUGGACGGCCAGGAGUUCAUACCCUACGAACAGUAA